AGACUUUGUGAAAUUAACACAAAGGAAGGAUUAGGUCGGCCACUGUACUGCAAAGUACACAAUAAAGAUAACUGAGUCUAAAGCCUUCGCACAACUUGUUGUUUCACUCUCCGUGUAGACAAUCACUAGCAUAUUACUCUUCCAGAGACUACAGCAUCUGUCAGCCAUGGUGGUCCCUGGAUCUCAUCACACAGAGGAGCAGGUCUUCCCCCCGCCGCUGGAGCUGCAGAACGAUGCCCACGUUCCUGAUUUUCAGAGCUACCUGCAGCUGUACAAAAAGUCUGUUGAUGAACCAGAAGUGUUCUGGAAGGAAGUUGCCCAGGACUUCUUCUGGAAGAGCCCACCAAAGGGGCAGUUCCUUCAGUACAACUUUGAUGUGACGAGAGGCAGCAUUUACGUCAAGUUCAUGGAAGGAGCAAAAACCAACAUGUGUUACAACGUCCUUGACAGAAAUGUCAAGGAGAAGAAUCUUGGUGAAAAAGUGGCGUAUUUCUGGGAGGGGAAUUCUCCCGAUCGGCAGCGCUCAAUAACGUACCGGCAGCUCCUGAAGGAAGUCUGCAGGUGUGCCAACGUUUUAAAGAGCAUGGGAGUGGGAAAGGGCGACAGAGUUGCAGUGUACCUGCCCAUGAUACCAGAGCUGGUGUGUGUGAUGCUAGCGUGCGCCAGACUGGGAGCUGUGCAUUCUGUUGUGUUUGCAGGUUUCUCAUCCGAAUCGCUGUGUGAGCGAAUCCUGGAUUCACAGUGCUUGUUCCUAGUCACAGCAGAUGGUGUUUUCAGAGGGGAGAAACUUAUCAACUUGAAACAGAUCGCAGAUGAGGCACUGGAGAAGUGCAAGGAAAAAGGAAAUUUUACCAUAAAGACCUGUAUUGUCGUGAGGCACGUUGGAGAUAAGAUGAAAAAUGGAAUAGUUUCCAACAAAUUGCAGACCCACUGGACCGCGGGCGUCGACGUGUGGUGGGACGAAGCAAUGGCGAGCGCGGGGGAGGAGUGUGAGCCGGAGUGGGUGGAGGCGGAGGACCCCCUGUUCAUCCUCUACACCAGCGGGUCCACCGGGAAGCCCAAGGGUGUCCUGCACUCUGUUGCUGGCUAUCUGCUGUACACAGCGCUGAGCUUCAAGUGUGUGUUCGACCACCAGCCCGGAGACGUGUACUGGUGCACCGCGGACAUCGGCUGGAUCACGGGACACUCGUACAUCACUUACGGACCGCUGGCCAACGGCGCCACAAGUGUCCUGUUUGAAGGCAUACCGGUGUACCCUCAUGUGGGGAGAUUCUGGGAGAUCAUCGAAAAAUACGGCGUGUCCAAGUUCUACACAGCGCCCACAGCCAUCCGCCUGCUGAUGAAAUACGGACAGGAGCCCCUGAAGCAGUUCAACCUUGAUUCUUUAAAAAUCUUGGGCACUGUUGGAGAGCCUAUUAACCCAGAGGCCUGGCUGUGGUUUUACAACGUUGUGGGACAACAGAGAUGUCCCGUUUUGGAUACCUUCUGGCAGACAGAAACUGGGGGUCAUGUGUUGACCCCAUUACCUUCAGCGAUUCCCCUGAAGCCCGGGUCAGCGACGUUGCCCUUCUUCGGGGUGCAGCCGGCUAUCCUGAAUGAACACGGGGAAGAGCUGGAAGGCGAGGCGGAAGGCUACCUGGUAAGUGUGUUACUCUGCUGUGGCUCUGUCGUUGCGUGUCUGCGCGCAUACAGUCCGACUGGUGCGGCUCAGCUCCUGUCUGGAUUCGGCCACAGUCAUACAAAAACACUACUGCCUAGGCAGUGCGAACUAUAUGCUGCUUGUGUCAUAUAAGCAUU